UGGUCGAGCUGGAUUGAUUGCCAUUUCUAUUUUUCAAUUUGUAUUUGCUUUUGGAGGUAUGUGUGCCUAUUGUGUUAUUAUUGGUGAUACCAUCCCACAUGUUAUUCGAUCAUUAUUCCCAUCUAUUGAACGAACACCAAUCUUAUGGAUCUUUUCAAAUCGGAAUCUAUGCAUUGCCUUCUUUACGCUCUUUGUAUCGUAUCCUCUGUCUUUAUACCGUGAUAUCUCCAAAUUGGCGAAAACAAGUGCUUUGGCGUUAGUAGCUAUUGUAUUCAUCACUGUCAGUGUUGCGGUAGAAGGUCCCAAGGUACCUACUGAAUUACAAGGAUCUAGGGAAAAUAGGUUUGCGUUUAUGAAUGAUGAAAUCUUUCAAGGCAUAGCUGUGAUUAGUUUUGCCUAUGUUUGUCAUCACAAUAGCUUUCUUAUAUUUGGAUCUUUGAAGCAGCCGUCUUUGAACCGAUUUGCCUCUGUAACUCAUUGGAGCAUGGGUAUUGCUUUUCUCACAUGUAUGGUAUUGGGAUUAUCAGGAUUUUUAGCUUUUACGGACAAAACGGCAGGCAACAUAUUGAAUAAUUUCCCAUCAGAUAAUGUAUUUAUCAAUAUUGCUCGCCUGGCUUUUGGAUUGAAUAUGUUUACAACCAUUCCUUUGGAAACUUUUGUGUGUAGAGAGGUUUUGGAAACAUUCUUUUGGCCAUCUCAAAUAUUUGAUCUCAAACGACACUUUUUACUUACAACGACCCUGACGUUGAUUGCACUGACAAUUUCCCUAUUGACUUGUAACCUUGGUAUUGUAUUGGAAUUGACAGGAGCAUUUGCGGCGACAUCAUUGGCCUAUGUAUUACCACCCCUCUGUUACUUGAAACUGGCAACAGGUCCUCUCUGGCACUGGAGCAAACUUCCACAUUGGUCUUGUUUGAUCUUUGGUCUUACUAUCAUGGUAGUUAGUAGUUUUUAUAGUAUCCAAAAACUUUUUGUCCAUUCCACCGCUAGUCCAGGUGCUUCUUGUGAUUUAUAGUUAGAUUUUUUAUUUUAUUUUAUUUAUUUAUUCUUAUGUCUAUUUUUAUUUUAUUCUUAUUCUUAUGAUGAUAGCGAAUAAUAAUAAUAAAGAUAAUAAAUAAAGCAAUACAAUUUGGACUUGUGUGCUCCAUAGUGGAAUCGCU